UAUCGAUAGCGCCUGCUCCACUGGUAUAAGCUCUGGAAACAAGAAGUGAAAAUGGGACGAUGAUUGGAUCUUUUACAUCAUUAGAUCGUAUCUCCGAUUUCCUAAUCGCUUUAGCCUUUUCAACCAUUUUUUCUUUCAGUAGCAUCUCUUUCCUCCCUUCACCAUGUUUACGGUAUAGUGGAAUAUUACUCCAAUUCAUUACUCUGUGCUUAUAUCGUAUGGCCGGCUUCGAUUCCUUUUUGUUCGAUAUAUGCGCCCGGUGAUCGAUCACGUCAAGGUCAGGUCAUGAACGGCCCCUCCUUCGAUUGAACCCGCAAGCUCGGAUUUACCAUCAAGUAAGAUGGUACACGCCGCAACCAUUGCGCCGGCCACCUCGCCCGCCAAUCGCCCAGGUAGAGCGCAAACAAGAUCCGGCUCGAUGGGAAGCUUUCGUGCUGGCUCGCCUCUACCCUCUCUCCCGCCGAACCGAGCAAUAAUAUCAUCUCUCCGUCGUGUACCAACCCAACACCAUUAUCAAACAUUUCCGACACCACCGCCGAGGACAGCUGGCCGAAGACCGGGUACGGGUUCCAGCUCUUCUGGUUCACAGGGUCAUGAUCACCAUGGCACGACGACACCUUUACCGAUCAAGCAGCUAGCUCUCUUAGCACUGCUGUCCUUAUCCGAGCAAACGGCUCUUAACUCCAUAUCGCCAUAUCUACCCGAGAUGAUUGAGUCAUUCCCUGGUGUAAGCCAUGAUGAAGUUGGUUUAUACGUCGGUCUACUGGCUUCGGCUUUUGCCUUAGCACAACUGGCGACGAACCUUCUUUGGGGAUACCUAUCGGAUAUUAUUGGGCGCAAACCCGUCAUGCUACUAGGCACCUUACUACUGUGCUUUUGUUUUACUGCUUUUGGGUUCUGCACUAGGUACUUUCAUAUCGUGUUAGUAAAUGUUGCUAUGGGGCUUCUUAACGGCAACGCUGCCGUAGUUCCCACUUGUUUGGGGGAACUGACCGAUCGGAGCAACCAGAGCAAAGCUUUCACCUGGCUGCCCGUCGUAUACAGCUUGGGUAGCAUCACGGGCCCCGCGCUCGGUGGUCUGUUAGUAGGCAAGGUUGCCAAAGACCGCUAUCCUUUCCUCGCCCCGAACAUUCUAGGAGCUUCGCUUCUCGCCUUGACCGUAAUUGUGCUUAGCAUUUGGUUUGAAGAAACCUUGGAAGAGCAGAUCGAAGUUCCUCACUGGUCCGAAUGGCUUCCAUGGUUAUCCAGUUCUACGAAGCCCACCGAAAAUGGAACUACACGUUCAUGGACUUGGCCUGGGGGUCGCGACUCAGAUAAUGAGCAGAGGGAAGCAAAUGAUGAUGACGCAAGGGAGGACAGCACUUUACUUGGGCCACAAGAAGACGAAAAUGGAGAGGACGAUCCGAAAUCGUCGCACGAUACUACGACGUGGCGCCAACUCUUAAAUCGAACGACGAUAGUUCUCCUUAGCACACAUCUAGUUUUUCAGCUAUCUAAUAGCUCAUUCAACAGUUUGUAUCCCAUAUUCGCAUCCGGAGAGACGCCUACGGGGCGAGACCUGCAUGCAGAUGUUAUCGGGGUAUCGCUCUCUGUGGCAGGAGUAUUCACCAUCCUAUUCCAAUUAUUCCUCUUCAGGCCGUUGAAAUCUCACCUAGGUAAUGUUAGGUCGUACCGAGGUUCUUUGCUUGGGUUUGCGAUUACUAUGGCUUUAAUACCAUUCGUCGGUUAUGAGGAUUCAAGCCCGCCUUUCGGUAUAGGGAGUAGCAAAUCAUGGUUAUACCUGGAGAUAGGAGUAAUACUCAUCAUCAAAAAUAUAUGUGCUGUUGGAGGGUUAUCAAGCGUCAUGUUACUAAUCACGAAUUCAGCACCCACUCACGCGAGCUUAGGCACUCUCAACGGCAUCGCGCAGACUCUUUCGGCUGCUGGUAGAAGUGUAGGCCCUUUCCUCUCCGGUGGACUUUUUACCGUCUCGACACACGUUCAGCCAAAAGGCGAAGCUCUUGCCUGGGGUUUAUUUGCAGGGAUAGCCUUGGCCGGAUGGCUGGGGAGUUAUGCUAUUCAUGGCGAAGGCCUCGAAAGUACCGAUGAUGGGUACGAAGCGCAUGCCACGCAAGCCGACGAACACGCGAGCGAUAAUCCCGCAUAAUCUCGAGGAUUCCUGUCUGACAAGCAAAAGCCGUAACAUCGAUGACGUCUGCUUACGCCAAUCUCUAUUUGGGACCGGCGAGUCGGAUAACCAUCCCAAGGACGCAUAAUAGUGAUUCGUAUCACGUCUCAAAUUUUUGUUUGCUCGAAGAUCCCCAAACAACAUAAGAGUGACUGCACCGCCACUAUCGCAUUUAGGACGCCGAGCUCGAGUGAUAUUAGUGUAACCGCACACGAACGCGCAGACUAGGUGUUAGCUGCAACUAUACUCGCCGGAUCUUAGGGUUGGUGGUACUCUUAUCGUCGGUAGUAGCGUUACAUCGUGAGGAAAGUAGUCUUAAAAAGACAUUCGCCCUUAGCUUUUACGUCUCUUAACUGCCGCUCCGUUUCGUGAUAAGACUAGGAGAUCGGGUUGCGCAUCUCAUAUAUAGGGUAUCAAGACUGGCCUAUAUAUUAGCAGCCGAGAACUCUGAUGAUAAUGAUGUAUGACGAUAGACAGAUAUUAUGUAUGCUUGGCAAAGAGGUGGAACAAGACGGAUUUGAUAUCUAUAUGGAAUCAAAUUUAGAUCUUACGCUUAGCAAUCGAUUUAUACAACCUCUUUUAAUACAUUCAAGCUUAGUGUU